UUUUAUUCCACCUCUAAUAUAGCAGGCGGUUUCUUAGUCCGCAAAUUUUUUCAAUACAUCUAAAUUAUAAGCCGAAUCGAAGCAUGCACCACUCAAGCAUGAAAGUGGAUCUCUCCAAUUUUUUUAAGGACGAACGCCGGCAGUCGUUGGUUUUCAUCGAUUCAAAUUGGCAAAACAUUAAGGACCUACAGGAUCACAUUCAAAGUCUUUUCAAUUUGAAGGACCUUAAUUUGCUCACCACAGAUGGAUGUUUUCUGCCCCCAAGGGAAUCUAUCAAAGUACUUAAAUCAGCCGAAGGACUAAAGGCCUUCCGGUUCGUCAAUCAUGACAAGGAUACCUAUGCGAGUACGUCUCCAGUAAAAUCCACCAAAAAGCGAAAGAAUCGGUCUGACGAAGAAGACAUUCAGCUGAAUAAAUCCGACUUGACUCUUAUUCGCUCAUCAAAACGCUCAAAAAAUCACUGCACUACAAAUUGGCAUCAAAUCGAUACAGAAGCAUCUGAUGUGAAAGCAGAGGAAAAGAAAGGGAAUGCACCUGAAUCUUCUGUGGAGUCAAAGCGCUCUAAAAUUCGAACAGAUACUUUCCCUGUGAUUGCAACAGAUGACUCCCCAAAGCAGGUAACUUCCAAAAACAAAAACCAGACGAUCUCGCCCAAGGUUCCAGAGAAAACUUCUGAUUUGACAACUGUGAAGGAAGAAAAGGCACCUGUUCUUUUGAGUCCUGUUGGAAAAUCUAAAAAAUCUAAAAAGAAGUCAAAGGCAAAGCCGCAUGACAUUCCGAUAGAAAAAUCUCAUGUAAUAGGGCUGGAGAAAGACGAAGCUCACAGUCCUUUUAUUCUGGAGCAUUCCAAAGACAAGAGCCUCUCGACAUCGACUGUGGUUUCAUCGGAAACAUCUCAGUUAACAGGAGCUGAGAGGGAUGAUCCCGAAUCGACUGAGAUUCCAUCGGAGACAUCUCAUUUAACAGCAGGAGAAGGGGAUGGGGAUGAACAUGCACCCAAGGCUUUCACUCCCAAGAAGACAAAAUGUCCUUUGCCUGAGGUUAUUGACAAUGCGGUAGGGGGGGAAGAUGAAACACUACCUCGUCCUUCGAUCUCAUUUCGAUGCCCCCUAUUGGACCUCGACUCGAAUAUUGCGCGCACAUUUGAAAUUCCCCGUAGAGAGCCCAAGGUUCAAAUAUUAGAAACUAUAAUAUUAAAACCAAUCAAUGGACGGCUUAUACCGCAGAAUGACACUGCGAAAGAGUUUGCAAAGCCAUUGACAGUUAACGAUGAAGCAAUACAACUGGAAGUCAAUGAGAAAAAGGCUUUUUCAACUAUUAUGCAUUCGGACAUCUUAAAAGAGGUUAAAGUGCAAGACGAAUCACUUUCCGCAUCUGUACAUGAUGCAGAUGAAACACCUUUGUCAAAAGAUACAAUUGAAGAUUACAUUAUUACUCCAGAAGAUAAAACUGAAGCUGAAGUAACUUUUCCUGAUACAACUAAAAUGGAAAGCACUUUUCCAGCCAAUUCUACUUUAGCUAAAGACGCUUAUCCGGACGAUACAACUGAAGCAGAAUUAACUCUUCCGGGCGAUUCCUCUGUAGCUGAAGAGAUUCAUCCGGUCGAUACAACUGAAGCAGAAUUAACGGACGAUUCUACUAUAGCUGAAGAGAUUCAUCCGGUCGAUACAACUGAAGCAGAAUUAACUCUUCCGGAUAAUUCUACUGUAGCUGAAGAAAUUCAUCCGGUCAUUACAACUAAAGCUGAUCCAACUCUUCCGAACGAUUAUACUGCAGCUAAAGAAAAUCAUCCGCUCGAUACAACUGAACCUGAAAAAGUUCGUCCAGCUGUUAAAACUUAUGCCGGAGUAAUUCUGGGAGAAAAAGGCGUAAUAACUCUAAUUGAGCCUAAGUUGGAAUCAAAGGAUAUUAAAAUUCCACCGGCGCGUGCUUGCGCUGACAAUUUUAUCUCCGAUUCCGACGAUGAUGUCAUGCUGGUAGAUGACACUAAUUUAGACUCAGACUCGGAUGUAGAGUCAAUUCCAGACCCGAAGGAUAAUGGGGCUUUAGAUAUUAUUAAGGACCUGCUGCAGAGUGCAUCUCCGCUCACCAACUUGCCGACCAGAGGCGAUACGAUUAUAUUCAAGCUGCAGAGGACAAAGGGAGAUACGAGUUCCAAGACAACCGAGUUUCUCGCCGGCAACUGCACCUAUGUCAACCGCCGCACCAAAACCGUCACAGUGGAGACCAUUACCUGUCCCUCUGGAGCCAAACGCAUAAUGAGCCAAUAUGUGAGCAGAUUAGACGAUUCUGCUGAAGAAUUGCCUUCUUUAAGUAUCAAUCUUAAGGACAUGAUAGAAGCCAAAAUCGUUGUAACCACAGUGGACUGAUUUUGUGUACAUUCUUGUGUUCUAUUUCCAGGGACUCGUAUUUUUAGUUUUUAAAAUAUAACCGAUUAAACAACAUUUAGAAGUA